GUGGCUGAGAAUGGAGAUGUGGGAAGGGCCUUCCGGCCCCAGUGUUUUAAAAUGUGCUUGUGGCCGCGCGAGCGCACACAGCAGCGGUCCGUGGGUACACGAACGACGCGAGUCGGAGCUGCGCUGCAUGGGAGUAAGAGGAGGAGGAAGGCGACGGGAGGAGGUGAAAGGGGGAGAGGUGACGCAGCCCAUUUUCUCACGCCUCAAGUUCCAGGCACCUGGUGAGCGCAACGCCCUUCCCUUAUGUCUAUUUGGACAGCGGUACGCCGGACAACACGACUAUUGCACAAACAAGUGCAGAACGCGCCUCGCGCUCCGAGAGGUAUUUCAUUUAUCGACAGCCUUUCGGCGUUUCGAAUGGAGUUAUGAACUCGUUUCGUCACGGUAGUAGCAGCAUCGGCAGAGAACUAUCGCUAUGGUUCGACACCGGACACGUGCAACGAGUUCAAGUUGAUGUGACGAGCAGCCUGUAGUGACGUGUCGGCGUUGUUAGUAGGGCUGCAACAUCGGCUGCUUCUAGAGCGCAUUCAUCACGCACUGCUUUGCCCCAUGAGUCAAACUCCAACAAGCGCUGCGACUCCGCGCCCUGCACAACCAAGAUGCAGAACAUGAGCGGCCCGGCGGCUGCGAGGUCAACUCUGCUCAGCCCGUACACCGCCUUCAACUUCACCCUCGCCGAGCCCGAGAACGUCAACGGCGCGACCAACUCGUCCAACGGGACCGACGAGAAGUUGGGCUGGGAGUACUCGGUGCUGGCGGGGCUCGGCUUGUCGAGCCUGGUGCUCAUCCUCGUCUUCGCCACGGUGUUCGGCAACUGCCUGGUCAUCAUCGCCGUCCUCACGCGACCUUCGCUCAAGGCUCCCCAAAACCUGUUCCUCGUGUCGCUGGCCACCGCCGACAUCUUGGUGGCGACUCUCGUGAUCCCGUUCUCGCUCUUCAACGAGCUCAUGGGCUACUGGUAUUUCGGGCGCGUGUGGUGCGAGAUCUACCUGGCGCUCGACGUCCUCUUCUGCACGUCGUCCAUCGUGCACCUGUGCGCCAUCAGCCUCGACCGCUACUGGUCCGUGUCGCAGGCGGUCGAGUACAACAUCAAGCGCACGCCGCGCAGGAUAAAGCGCAUCAUCGUGAUCGUGUGGUUCAUCGCCAUCGCGAUCUCUCUGCCACCGCUCAUCUCCAUGAACCAGAAGAACCGGCAGCAGCAGGAGGAGGUGGGUCGGCCCAACUGCGAGCUCAACACGAACACCUGGUACAUCCUGGGCUCGUGCAUCGGCUCCUUCUUCGCGCCCUGCCUCAUCAUGGUGCUGGUGUACGCGCGCAUCUACCACCUCGUCAAGUGGAGGGCCGCAAAGCUGCGGCGAGACAAGGAGGCGCCCAUCACGUCGUGCCGACCGAUGGAGUCCAUCAGGAUGAGCGAGGUAAACGGAAACGGCGGUGGAGGAGGCGGCGGCGGCGGCGGCGAGGGGAAUGGCAACGGAGAAAAGAACUGCAACGGCGCCGGAGACAAGUCUCGCCACCAUCCUCAUCAUCAUCCUCAUCAUCAUCCUCCUUCUCAUCAUCAUCCCGAGGUGGACGUGGAGGAGACGUCGGUGUCUUCUGACAAGAACGAGCGGAGGAGGGACGACGACUCGGCGGGCGCAAAGGCGAGCAGGAAGCCGUGCUCGCCGACCAAGGACGACUACAAUCCUGAGAUGGAGAUCCUGGAGAGGCAGAACAAAGCGCGCGAGCGUAGAAAGAUAGCGCAGGCGAGGGAGCGGCGCUUCACCUUCGUGCUGUCCGUGAUGAUCGGCGUCUUCGUCAUCUGCUGGUUCCCCUUCUUCUUCACGUACAGCCUCUCCGCGCUCUGCAGCCCCGAGUCCUGCGCGAUCCCCGAGACCCUCUUCAAGUUUUUCUUCUGGUUCGGUUACUGCAACAGCUGCCUCAACCCCGUCAUCUACACGGUGUUCAACAGGGACUUUCGGCGCGCCUUCAAGAAGAUCCUGUGCAUGCAAUUCCACGCGUCCUUUUAGGCGACGCAAAAGCAAACAAACUGUCGUGACUCCGCUUAAUAUGUUUCUCACGAACAAUACAUUUCAAUCGAGGCAACAUGCGAACGGCUUGAUUUCAAAAUGGACAAAAUUAAUGGUGAGUUGCGUAUUUUAUGAGUCUGGAAUACAUCGUGGGCAUUUGAUUUCUGCUUCAGCGGCCGUACAGGUAGUUGUUACACCACGAGUAUGGAACGGAAGUGGGGAGAGA